AAAUUCUAACCAGCAUUUGAUUGUUGACACGUAAGAAGAAAUAUCUAAUAUUUGUCUUUUGAGUAAUGUCUACGUGUCUUUCAGUUCCUCACAUCCGAAAUAUUUAUUCUCUUUUGACCGGAAAAUCUUGAAAUGGACAUGGAAGAAAUAUUUGAUUCGUCAGUGGAAUUAUUGGAUACUGGUGAAAAAGAAGACGUGGACAAAAUCAAAGAACCAACUUUAGAACCUGUAUUAGAAUCUGAAGACAUCGAUACCCCUUCCACUUUGUUAAAAAAGGAUAACGAAGUGCUUACAAAGUUUCGAGAAAUUAUCGCCGAGUAUUUGCAAGGUGAAAAGAUCCUUGAUGGCCUUGAUGGUCUGACAAAAGGAGUUCUUGGUUCCUAUUCGUUGGCUGGGUAUCUAGAUUUUGCAGUUCCAUCAGGAAAAGAAAUCAUAGUCACCAAACUUUUGCAACACUGUUGCUUUCAACUACUAGACUUGCUUCGAGUUUCAGAUGGAAUCUGUUAUGCUCAUGAAGAAGCAACUGCAGCAAUUAUGCCAUUAAUUCAAAUGCAGCUUUUGAAUCUUUAUCCUAAGUAUAGCACACAAGGAUAUGAAGCAUUGUACUCCUGCCCACCCACCAUAUACAUUAGCCCAUUGUGUAUUCCAUCUCUGGGGAGUGUGAUAUGUAAAAAGCUGGGAUUUCCAACUAGCUCUGUUAAGGUUAUGAAAAUGCAUGGUGCUGAUCAUCUCACAAAAAUGGAAAAAUCAUUGCUUGAAGAUUUUGCUGCUAAAAGAGUUCCUUUGAUGAUAAUUGCUUCUUGUGGGUCACACCACUCUGGCCAAGUUGACAACUUGGUAGCUAUUUCCCAUCUUGCUCAGCGCUUUAAUGCUUGGCUUCAUUUGGAGGGUCAUUUAAUAAAUCACCUCAGCCUUCAUGAUCAGCCUAAAAAGAACCUUCAAAUAGCUGAUAGUUUGCACUUGGACUUGAAGCAAUUACUGGGUGUUCCAAGCCUACCAUUUGUGACAAUGUAUCGUCAUUGCGAAAUAGCUUUGCAAAGAGCUGUCUAUUUGACCCCGUCUCACUGCUCACCUUUCAGUGUGGUUCCUCUGUGGUUUGCACUUCAGAGUUUAGAUUCGUCAACCAUUAGUAAUCGUUUUCGGACGGCGGUUGAACUUAGUAAACUGUUAAUUAAUCACUUGAUCACAAUUCCGAAUAUCCUGAUUAUGAGCCAUAUACCAAAGAGUAUCAAAAUGCAAGUAAGUGUGGAAUCAAAAGAAGUUCUAUCAGAUGAUUUAGGAAAUGCCCCAGCAACUGUAACUGCGAAUAGUAAUGAUGACGAUGAGGGAGUGGAAGCAACUAAAACAGAGACGGUGGAAGAAUUGAGUGAUUUGCCUGAAAAUAGUGAUACGUCUUCAGAAUCAGAUACGAUGAACAUUCAUGACGAUGAAGAACUUGCCGGUCGCGAAAAAACGAAGCCUGCGGCUUUGAUGGAUUGUGUUGUACCAGUUGUAGUGUUCCAGUAUCGCCCAAGCUCCAAAGAAAUUGGAGAAUGCCCCGGGAAUUUGCUAGAUGAUUUGAACCUAUGGCUUGUUCAAGUACUAGAACGAGCCUGUGAAGAGAUUCACAUGGACAUUAUCGAUGUUGAUGAGAGUGGAUAUGCGCUUCGCUUUUCGCCUUACGAUUGCAAGUCAUUUCCCUCCAUAGAAACUUUAGCAAAAUUCCUAGAAAGUCUUGACCAGCAACUGGAAAUUUUAAAUGCGACAGUAGAACACAAAAAAACUCUUAACAAAAUCAUUGAAGUCAGCGGCGGAGAACUUCAGCUUGUCGAAUUACCUGGUUGGGCUGGGCUUGGAGGAGUAAGAUAUUUGCCUGCUGCUUGGCGAUCGGAUAAUAUGGAGCAAUUACCUGAUCAAGGCAAGGAGGAAAUUAACCGGAUAAAUCGAGAGCUGGUUGCUAAGUUGAAGGAAACGGACUCUGCUUUUUCUUUAGGUGAAGGAAGAGAUGGCCUGUCUUGCGUACGUUUUGGAAUGGUUGUGGCCAUCACAGAUGUAGAAGCUUUAGCCAAUCUAGUGCGUCAAACCGGUCUUGAUCUUGAAGCAUCAACUUUGGCACUAGAAACUAUGGCAGUCAUGAUUCGUAAAGGUAUAGAAGAAGCACAAGCUGAGCUGCAACGAGAAACGGAAGAAAAGCUCUGGCAGGAAGGUUUAUUAAGACACAUUCCAGUAGUAGGAUCUCUUGUCAACUAUUUCUCGCCACCCCAGAAAACGUCUGUUAAGGGACGAUGUUUAAAUUUGCAAAAUGGCCGAAUAGAAAAAAGUGAAGUUACGAUUCACUCUUUAGUAAAAGAAGAGGCUUCUGUAGUAGUAGAAGAGGCUUCUGAAGUAGUAGAAGAGGCUUCUGAAGCUCUAAGUAGUAACCAAGAAACGCCUUUUGUUGAAAGUGAAGAGACUAAAAACGCACCUGUUGAGUGAAUUACAGAUAACUUAUUAUUUCCCCUUUUUUUCCUAUUGGGUUAUUUUUUACGGUAUCGGUUUUUCCCUUGUUCAUUCUUUAUCGCUACGUUUAAUUAUGUUACCUUGUUUAUCUACAUUCCCUGUUUUUUCGUAAUCAGUAUUUAUAAGUUGUUGGUUGAAACAAUUCAAUUAAAUGAGCCCUCUCCCACAUCAUGUUUACCCCCUUUGCAAUUUUAAAUAAACCUGUUUUCUGCUAUAA